CUUGUCAUCUCUUCCUGUGUUCUUCUUUGUUCUGCAACUAAAUUCCUUUUUCUAUAUAUUCAAUUUUUUGAUUCUAUAUUUCGUGGACAUACAAAAUUUUCGGCGACAAAAUCUCAACUAAACACACUUUAGCCAGCCACAAGGGUUUUAAAAAUUAAUAAAUAAAAACCCUUUCUAUAGGAUUAUGAGCACAAUUGAUUUUGAGAUUGAGGAAAUAAAAAAACUGUGCGAAAAUGUCGUCGAAAACUCAAAAAUAAUUACCUGCACAGCGGUACUCGUCCGAGUGGAUAUCAUCCAAACCAAUAGUCGCCAAUUGAGUGCAUGCCUGCGAUUUCCCGAAAACUAUCCGAACUCACCGAUUCUUGUUGAGAUCAAAAGUCGAACACUCUCUGGAAAAUUUCUUGACGCCUUGGCCAAUUUAGCUGAGAAGAAAGCAAAGGAGAUUCUAGGCAAGACCCAAGUGAUUCAUGUGCUUAAGUUCAUUGAACAGUAUUUGAAGGAGAAUCCACUUUGUGUGGCUUAUGAUGAGAUUUUAAAUUUGAAAAAGUCUCUGGGAAGUAAUGCGAACGAGUUGCUGAAGUUGAAACAGAAGACGUCAAGUGUUCAUUUGGUAGUCAAGGGUGGAUAUUACUUCUACAAAGUCAAGGCAGACGUUCCAAUCGAAUAUCCGAAACAAUGUGUCGUGCUACGAGAUGCAGAGACAAAUUUGCCAGCGGUUCUCCUAAGGUAUCUUAAUGGGCAGUCUAAGGAGAUUGCUCGGCAAUGUGUCGAGCCACCUCUUAGAGUUACGAAAGACAAAAGUGCGCAGCCCUUUCAGCCGGUGCCGAGUCUUUACAAAGCAUUGCAGUUUUGUAUUGAUGCUACACGGGAUUUCUACGAGGAACAAUGUCCCAUUUGCGACCAGGCUGUCCUUCCGAAGGAUUCCACUGAUGUGAUUACAGAUGACACCAGUGACAUGCACUGUGAGCGAGUCUAUUGUGGGCACUUAUUUCACCAGGGUUGUCUCAAAAAAUAUCUACAAGAACCACCGUUUCCGAAGGGUGGGAAAAAUUGUCCAGCCAAGAAAAGACAUCCACGCUCCGAUAACAGUUACUCUACUAACUUGAAGGCUACCCUCAACAAUGAAGAUCUGACGUGUGGCAUUCGACUGGCUCAUGACCGUUGGGUGCUCAAUGUGAAAGUAGCCGAAACAAGAUGGGCUCAGAAACAAGCCAGAGUAAGGGAGUUGGAGGAAGUUGCUGAUUUUUUGCAAUAGAAAUUAAUAAUUGUCAUGUGUAAUAAACGAUAUUUGAGUAAAAUAAAAUAAUUUUUGAAUAAAUUUUCCA